ACCUGUCACUGUCACUUUGACAAAUUUAACCUCAAAUCUCGAAAUAAGGAAAUAAUUUAAAUUCAUUAAAAUUUUUCAACAUGACUGAAGUAAAAAUUAAUGCUAGGGCCUUUUGCAAAAUGAUUUUGCACGCUGCUAAAUAUCCACACUGUGCAAUCAAUGGUGUUCUGCUGGCUAAAAGUGGAGCUUCUAAUAAAGAAAUCGAAUUUCUUGACGCGGUGCCACUUUUUCACAUUUGUCUUAAUUUAACACCUAUGGCUGAAAUUGCCCUAAUGCAGAUUGAUGAACUUGCCUCAAGCAGAGGUCUAGUUAUUGCUGGAUAUUAUGCUGCAAAUGAGAACUUAAGAGACAACAGUUUUGAGAAAGCCAGCAAUAAAAUCGCUGACAAAAUUGCCUCGAAUUUUACUCCUAGCUAUAUCGUUGUGAUUAAUAAUUCAAAACUCUCAAGUGAAAAUUCAAAAUCAGUUUUAAAGGUGGCUCAGAUCACAGAGGGCAAUUUCAAACAAAUAGAAGAACCGUACAUUCACACUAAUCCUACUGAAGGGACUGUUAGGGCAACCAGAGAUUUAUUGCAAAAUAAAGCUUAUAAUGACUUAGUUGAUUUUGAUAACCAUUUAGAUAAUAUACAAUUAGACUGGAUGAACAUUCAACUUAAUAAAGAUAUUGAGGGAUACUUACAAGAGAAAUAAAAUUGGAUUCUUUUUGUUGCUGACACUAAGUGAAAGUAAAUAAGUGUAAUAUUUAUAAGAAAUUUUAAGGAUUAAUGUUUUUUUUGUAUAAUUGUGGUACAAAAGUCAUUUAUAUAGAUCUUAGUAUUAAGGUAGUUUACUAGGUUAUUAUAUAUAUUUUUUUUUCUGUAUAGAAGUGUCAAACUAUUAAUUUUUACCCGACAGUUUGACUCUUAUAAUAUAGGA